CCAAUUUCGCAGAAUAGAGAAAAACCUAGAAAUCACAAUUCGACGACAGACAUGGCUUCCAUAACCGCUGAGCAAUCGUGAAAUCAAAUCGCCCAAUGGUCCUAAAAUCGAAUCGCUCAAGGGUGGCAAGGUACCUGCUGCUGCUGCUGAGCCUUCACGAGAAGAAGAACCAAUUAGCACCAAGCCGGACGAGGAUCCAUCUUCCAACAAGGGCACCAGAGGGAGGGAACUACAUGAUUAUUUUGUGGAUCAUGUUCUUAGUAUCCCCCUUCCUGAUUUCCAUGAAAUACCGGCCCCAGUUUUUAAGGAGGGUAGGAAUCUCAUUAUGUCCUCUUCAUCCUCCUAAGAAGGACGGUAAGGUUCGAGGAAUGCCCCUAUUUUGUUCUGAAGAGCCCAAUUGAUCCUCCUAAAGAAGAUAGUGACUCAUGUUCCAGGCAUCGCCGUAUAGACGUUCAUGGAUAUUGCUUGUCAAGUGGUGCAUCUUAUUUUUAUAUUGUUGGUUAAUGUAAUUGUCAUCUAUAACUGAGACAUCAAUACUGACUGUGUUCUAAGGAUUUGAAAUUACAUACUCUGAUAAUAAGACAUGUUUCUAGUUCAUGUCAUUGUUAUCCUACUUUUCAUGUCAAGCAAGGAUAACAUGAAAACAUCCUAUACCACUCUAUGGCUCCGGCUCUGGCUCCAACAUUAGCUAUCAGAACAACUUUGUUUUUCUUCUGAACUAACAAUUAGUGUCACUAAUCAAAGAGGGAAAGCAUUAUUAGCUGCUGAUUUUCUUGAUAAAAUAUAUUGUAGUUGUUAAUUGGAAUGUAGUUAGUUGUUAAUCGCGGAGGUUUGCAACGUUCUCUCAGU